AUGCGAGUUGAAGACAUGAUCCCCAUCAAUGAUUCUAUGCCUGAAGAACAGCUUAUGGCAAUCAUGAUCUUGAAGGAGAGUUUUGAUGAGAAAGCCAGGCUGGAAGAAGUUAAGGCUCUGCGUGAUGAGAAUUUGCCAUGGUAUGCUGAUAUAGUGAACUUCAUGGUGUCCGGAGAAGUCCCUAGUAGCUUUGAUGCUUACAAGAGGAAGAAAUUCUUCAAGGAUGCUAGGCAUUACUAUUGGGAUGAGCCCUACCUGUACAAGAGAGGACCAGACAGCAUUUACAGGAGAUGCAUAGCUGAAGAGGAUGUGCAAGGAGUUCUAGAGCAUUGCCAUGGGUCAGCUUUACGGAGGUCACUUUGCUACAUUCAAAACAGCAACUAA